CAAGGAGUGAUUCUAGCCUUUUGCAUUGGCGAUCUCGCGGUACGAAGUUUACCUAGGCUGGUUAUUGGGCGGCUUGACUUCCUUCUCAGCGUUUCAUUUCUGUUUGGCCCUCCCUAGAAGGAAGAAAGGCCUGCAAGUCAGUGCGCCUCUAGUCUCAUCGCAUGGCAUCGAAACGCAUACAGAAGGAGCUGAAAGACCUCCAGAAAGACCCACCGACGUCUUGCAGUGCAGGCCCUACGUCUCCUGAUGACCUGUUCCACUGGCAAGCAACAAUUAUGGGACCUCCAGAUAGCCCAUAUGCAGGCGGCGUGUUCAUGGUCAAAAUUCACUUUCCGCCGGAUUACCCAUUCAAGCCUCCCAAGGUGAACUUCCAGACAAAGGUGUACCACCCCAACAUCAACUCCAACGGAUCGAUUUGUUUAGACAUUCUCAAGGAGCAGUGGAGCCCUGCACUGACUGUCUCCAAGGUGCUCCUGUCAAUCUGCUCCCUGCUCACAGACCCCAACCCAGAUGACCCGCUGGUGCCCGAGAUUGCCCACAUAUACAAGACAGACAAGAAGCGCUACGAUGACACUGCUCGCCAGUGGACAAACAAAUAUGCCAUGGGCUAGCAGCUGAGCAGAGUGGAGAUUCGGUCAUCUGUCAGAUCUUCCCUUCAGCACAUCAGAGCCCCCCAGAAGGGGCAGCUACAUUGUUGUGACUAGACUGUGGAGGGACCUUUCUGUAUAUUAUCCUUCUGGGGUUGGUUGUGUGUUAAAAUCCUCGUACAAUAGCUGAGAUUCUGGCACUCACUCGGCACUGCACUGUUGCUGUGAAGCAGCUGCAAAGCAUUUGGUUGAGGAGGGUGCCCUGUGGGCAUCAGAAGGAGCAUAGAAUGGCUUGAAAAGUUCUUGGGUGGCUUGGCACAUUGUAAGGAAGUGUAGCAUC